CAUGCUCAGCAUCAGCGCAUCAUAAGUAAACUUAUUACCGUAUCACACAGGUACCGGUAUUCAUGCAGUGCCAGACUAGUUUAUAUUUACAAAUUUAUGAGAUCUUCAAAUGCAGCUCUGUUUGUCUUCAUCGUUUCUACUGCGAUAUUGUCUAUUUUCAUACGACCAGCAUUGAAAUGGUCAAAAUUGCACAAGUAUAAAUUGGCAAUUGGAAUCUUGUCUGCCAGGGAAAAUUUUGUUCAGCGAGAUACUAUUCGUUCAACUUGGCUCUCCAUUGUCAGCAAUACAGAGCUUUUCAAUGACAUAUUUGUGAAAUUUAUAUUGGCAAACCAGGAUUGUAAUAUUCCAGUUGAAUACAGAAAUGAUGCUUAUACCUGUGAAGAAGCAAGAAAAAGUUUACCAGAACAAAAAGGUCCAAUCGAUAUCCUUCACUAUGCUUUUGUUGAUAACAAAAAUGUUGAGAGUUAUUCAGCGGAUUUUGUGACAGUGGGCUAUGAUUUUGUAGUGGCGUUUGAUGUCAUUCUAUCUGGUAUCACCAUAUCUAUAACAAAUGGACAAAAUGUUGUAGUACAACUAUGGAAUUUGGCAGCGGAUAGUCUUGUUGUUGAAGCAAGAGAUCCACAUCGUGACAAUACAUCUAACAUAUACAUUUAUGGUUUCCACCCUCAUUUAUUACCGAAAGGAUUUCUUGGAUCUUUAGUUGUUGUAUGCGAUAGGCAAAAAUCAUGUGUUGGUGUGAAGAGUUGGUUUCAAAAGCAUUCGUUUCAUCCCGCUAUAAAGAUAAGUCCUAUCAUUCGUUAUUCACUGAAGAAAGGAGAUUUUCCAAUUCAUAUCUUGCCUGUGACACUUGAAAAUAUGAUAUUGCCUGCAUCUUUAAUAAUAGAAUUUGCAGAUAUUACACAAUUGAGGAAGUAUGUACAAAACGGAGAAUAUGCUUAUUCUGAAAAACAGCAACACAUAUUUGAAACUGAUAAAAAAAUAAAGCAAGAGAUUCAAGAACAUGAUGAUAUUUUGAUCGUUUCUGAUAUUGAUGGUGCUGAUAUUAAAGAGACUUAUAGGAAUGUUCCCAGGAAACUUGUCAGUUUUCAUCAGUAUGUGGCAAGAAGUUUGAAUGCUGAUUUUAUCAUGAAAACAGACGAUGAUUCAUAUGUUGAUAUUGAAAAGAUUUAUAAGCUUGUUAAACAAAUAGAGGAGGAGCCACGCUAUGGACUUGGAAUAUGGUUGGGGAAUUUUCGCAGGGAUUGGAUUGUUGAUAGAUGGGGAAAAUGGGCUGAAUAUCAAUAUACUGCCUCUGUUUAUCCUGCAUAUGCAUGUGGUGCUGGCAACAUAAUUUCGUCGAAUAUUUCCAAGUAUUUGGCUAUUAACAGUCGAAACUUGAAAUUUUAUCAAGGAGAGGAUGUAUCCAUGGGAAUAUGGAUGUCUGCUCUAGAUGUUGAAUAUAUUCAGAACGAUCAAUGGUUAUGUGACGAUAGUUGUUUUCCAAACAUGAUGGUGUCAACGCAACACACAACCUAUGAUUUGAAGCGUUUCUGGGAAAACAAAAAUAAAUGCGGAAAUCCAUGCGAAUGUUUGUGAUUUUAUGACCCAUGUUUCAUAUAAAACCGGUGCAAUAAAACACAACACAAUUGUGAA